CCUGAUUUUGGAUCAUGGGAAUGGGAUAAUAUAAAUUUCCAUAUGUGAAGGCAAUAAGAUGCUAGCCACUCACUAAGGGGUUCAGGUUUCAAAUUCCUGUCCUUGUUGCCUAGGCGGAAAGCUGUCUUCGUUACUCAUUAGAAAUUGAUGCUGCUAGUGUAUACCACUGCCUUCGUUCUGGUAUCGCGUAAGUCACUGAACUGCCCUUUUCCAAAGCCCAAAGCAAGCAACCGUUCAUUGUUUCUUUGAGGCCAAACAGUUAACUUUGCUCUAAUAAUCUAGUAGUCCAAACGUCAAUUUAAAUGUAAAAUGUAACUGUUAUAGAGGAUAUGUAUCAAACCAAAUCAAUAGUCCUUCCAAUUUCUUUGACUGUACUUGUUAGGUUUUCCUUCAAUAUCUAUAUUUCUUACUUCGCUACUUGGUUCAGGAACAUAUCAUACUUAUUCAAUUGUUCUUUUUAAAUUUCUUUUACAUUGACAUUAUUCUGUUUUUUGGCGCUACCGAAAGAGUGCAGUCCCAGAACAAACAUCGGGCUCACUUGGACCCAAAACAAAAUGUUCGGCUAAUUUGGCGGUGAUUUAGAAAUUGGACUUAAUUGAACGUAAUUAAAAUGUGGGGCGCAAUACGUACUGAAAUCAUUUACAUCAUACACGGGCAUAUUAAACGGGUCACAAGUAGGAGCAGCAAUCUUGGCUCAGGAGAAUGGCUUUCCGGAUUCAGCUGCCCAAUUUUGUACAGGCUUUCCUUGCAUUCUCUGGAAAAGGCAACAGAUCCAUCACAGCUUAUGGAGAACGUUCUGCGAAGGUAGAUUAUCUUAACAAGGAUUAUAUUGGUGAGCUGCCGGAUGAUAUUCUUGCAUCGAUUGUAUCAUAUUUGCCUGUAAAAGACGCUGUUAAAACAAGUGUGUUGUCAAAAAGAUGGAGGCAUCUAUACUUAUUGUAUCGAGGUCAAUCAAUUGCAUCGGACAGGUACAUUGUUGUUUAUAUUUCAAAUUUAGCAGAUGGAGUAGCAGCUCUCAAAGCAUACAAGAGAGAUCAAACCCCUGUGUUAUUACUUUUCUUGGGCCUCCAAACCUUUCCUACGAAUGAAAUUCCUAAAAUGAUGGCUAUGUCUAAAGAUACCGAGGGUUUAUCAUUUUAUGCUACAACAAUUGCACCUAAAGGGACUUCGUCCUUCCCUUCAGUAUCUUCGGUUUUUCGGAAUGUCAUAGGUGAAACGUUUGUUUUUUCUUUACUUUUGCAACGGCGAACAAAAUUCACCUUCCAAUGCUAAUGUAUCUCUUCUUUUAGGGUGGUGUAUCUUGGGUCUUGUGGCUGUUGCCCUUCGGCCUUGCAAAGAUUAAACAGCCUUGAUUGUGAAUGUAAAGCCCAGCAAAUUACCGGGUACAUGGACAUGUGAAUUUAGAUACUGUGCUCAUAUUUUCAGAAGAAAAAAAAAAAGAAAAAUUUUAAGAGAUUUUGCAUACGCUUAGAUUCAAACUGUUCACAGCUGUUAUCUAUUUUAAGAGAUAUUCCAUUAAUGCUGCUGUUUUUUCACCCCUACAAAUCAAUUAGUUUUGAUGAUGGCCCUC